AUCGACUUCAACCGUUCCAGUAUCAUCACACACACCUGCAACGACAGUCACCAUGGACCGCUCACAGCCACAGUCGUCCAAUCUCAUGGACAUCCAUAACCGCCUCGUCGCAGACAUCCUCACGCGCUACCGCACUCUCAUGAUGCUCGCCACGGUCCAGGCCGAGGGCGACCGCAACAAUGCCACCCCCGAGGCCAUGGCCGUGGCUGGCAUAUCCAUCAAGAUGGAGUUUGACGGACUGUAUUCAUCCAUAAAGGAACUCCUCACCCUCUCGCGCCGCAUCAAGGAGCUCUGGGUCUUUGGUCCCCUCGGCAAGGCGGAUCCAGACCGCGUCGCCAAGGAGGCACAGAUUGAGCGUGAUGUUGCGGCCGUCGCGGACCUCGCCAACGGCCUGGAGGCGGCGAACAUGCGUGCCCUGGCGGAACGGCACGGCGGCGCCUGGGAGAGGCUCACCAAGGAUGAACCCGAGCGUAUUGCCGCCGGCGCCCCGGCCGGUGAACAGUGAGGGGCCGCAUUGUAAUUUGUACAAAGUUCAAAAGGCGUGGUUCAAUGGCGUUCGGCUGUGUCACUAGAGGCAGAUAGAUACCCCCGGUUUACGUUGCAUAUACAACUCUAUUCGCAUUCAUUAUCUAGCUGCAUAUGAACUAGCCCUCUCCUCCC